UACAAUGGACAACAAUCCAAAACCGGCUUCCAAACCUUGUUGUGAAGCAAUUGAACCGUUAUAUGAGAUGUUAGUUGAUGUAUUCCACGAUCCGGAUUUUUUCAACAAAUGUUUAAAAGAAGAUCCUGACUUAAAAGAACGAAUUUUUGAAAUUCUCGGGCCUAGCAAAUAAAUGAAUGAAGAAAGAAU